CUUUUAGAAAAACAUCCAGAAACUCUUAGAGAUAAUAUCAAAUCUUUAUUAAGAAAUUAUAUUUUUUUUCAAGAUGUAGAAAAAUUAAUCAAAUUGCUUAAACCAAUUAAAGAAGUUAUAGUUUCUUUGGAAUAUAAAUUAACUUCUUUAGCUGAUUGUUUUAUUCAAUUAAUGAAACUUGGAAUUGCAUUCAAAUCAUAUCCUACUAUAACAAAUGUCUUAUUUCAAUCAUAUUGUAUUGAUAAAUUUAAUCAUUGUUGGAGACA